GGCUCUGUCAAGCAAGGUGGCACCUCGACCGCCGGUGGCGGAUGCUUUAUCUGCGGUGGGCCGCACUUGAAGAAGGAUUGCCCCCAGAACACUGGCCCUCUGAUGUCAGGCGCCAAUGCCUCUGCACCUGCUGGCGGAAGGUCAUGGGGCGGUCCACCGCGGGACUCUCCAGGUUCAUGGCGCGACCGCGACGGAGGUGACCGUCCGCGGCGGCAAGAUGAUUACCGCGACCGCGACCGACCGCAGGAUGACCGCCGUAAUGGCGGCUUCCGUGAUGAUAGGUCUCGCCGUUCUCGUUCGCCCCCACGGCGGCGUGACUACUCGCCGAGACGAAGAGAUCAUUCGCCCCGAAGGCGGAGCGCUUCACCACGCAGGCGCGAGUCUCCGCCGCGGCGGAGAGACUACUCGCCCAGGAGACGAGAUCGUUCACCGAGGCGGGAUGACGACGGGUAUGGUGAUCGCGGGCCCAAGGAGCGGAGGCGCUCGAGGUCGGCAGAGCCCGAUCGUGAGGAGAAGCGACGUCGUCUUGAUUGACGUCUUUGGAUAUAGUAUGCUCUCUUCUGUACUUGGCCUGCCCAGAAGAAAUGGACUAUCUGACCGUGUGGCGCCCCCAAAAUCAACUUUGCGAAAUUUCGGGCUCGUGUUGAACUUCAACGCGUUACGUCACGCGCUCUCGACUCGGCGCGUGUCCUCACCCGUAAAGGGUUGGUGUGUGUCCCCGAGAUCUCGAGGUCGAUAUUUAUCUCAUGCGUGACCUAGGUCUCAUCUGUAGCAGAAUGCCCUCUUUGGACUUC